UUCAGUGUUGAGCCUCGCGCCUCCUCUCUCUCUCUCUUCUUCUACUCUCCAAUAGCAUCCAUUUUCUCACCACAAACUCUCCAUCUGCUCCCAAAUCACACCUCUUAUGUCAAAAAACCAAGCACCUCUUCUCCAAUCCUCGCUCCUCCACCACUUGUUUUGAGCAGCUAUUCCGAUGAAGCGGGAGCAUACCAAUCACUCCAGCAGCGGCAGCUGCAGCUCCUCCUCCAUGCCCCCGAUGUGGCCCUGCGACGCCGACGACGAGCUCUUCGCCGUCCUCGGCUACAGCGUCAAGCCCUCCGACAUGGCCGACGUCGCGCAGAAGAUCGAACACCUGGAGCAGGUCAUGUGCAGCGUUGAAAACGACGGCCUCUCUCAGCUUGCCUCCGACACCACUCACUACAACCCCUCCGAUCUCUCCUCCUGGCUCGAAUCCAUGAUUUCCGGCCUCAAUCCUGCUCCGGAAUUCGAUUCCGGCGUCAAUAGGAUGGUUGUGGACUCGGAUCUCACUGCCAUACCGGGGAAAGCGGUCUACCCUAACCCUAGGGCGAAACCCCCAUCUCCGGCGAAGAAAUUGAAACUUUCGCCGCAGGAGACUGAGUCGAGCGAGUCGAUUGUGAUGGUUGACUCGCAGGAGAACGGAAUCAGGCUCGUUCAUUCACUGAUGGCGUGCGCGGAGGCUGUGCAGAAGGAGAAUUUCAAAUUGGCGGAAGCGCUGGUGAAGAACAUCGGUUUUCUAGCGGUGUCGCAGGCCGGAGCGAUGCGGAAGGUCGCGACCUACUUCGCUGAAGCCCUGGCGAGGCGGAUUUACGGAUUGUUUCCGGCGAAUCAGGACUCCGCCUUCACCGAUCUGCUCCAGAUGCAUUUCUACGAGACGUGCCCCUAUCUGAAAUUCGCGCAUUUCACUGCGAAUCAAGCGAUUUUGGAAUCCUUCGCCGGUAGAGAUUUAGUCCACGUUGUUGAUUUCAGUAUGAAGCAGGGGAUGCAGUGGCCGCCGCUGCUCCAGGCGCUGGCGCUGAGGCCGGGUGGACCUCCGAGAUUCCGGUUGACGGCGGUGGGGCCGCCGUCGACCGAUAACACCGAUCAAUUGAAGGAAAUCGGACGGAAAUUAGGUCAAUUAGCUAAUUCAAUCAACGUGGAUUUUGAAUACAGAGGACUGGUAACGAAUUCGCUAGCGGAUCUGACCGCGGCGCUGCUGGAGAGACGAGCAGGCGAAACGGUCGCCGUGAACUCGAUCUUCGACCUCCACCCGCUGCUAGCUCGGCCGGGGGCGAUCGAAACAGUUUUGCGAGUCGUCACAGAGGUGAAGCCAGAGAUCUUCACGGUGGUGGAGCAGGAGGCGAAUCACAACGGGAGCGUGUUCUCGGAUCGGUUCACGGAGGCGCUGCAUUACUACUCCACGCUGUUCGAUUCGCUGGAGAGCUGCGGGGGCGGGAGUGACGAGGAUAGGGUGAUGAGCGAGAUCUACCUCGGGAGGCAGAUAUGCAAUGUGGUGGCGUGCGAGGGCGCGGAUCGGGUGGAGAGGCACGAGACGCUGGGGCAGUGGCGGAGGAGGCUGGGGGCGGCCGGGUUUGAGGCGGUGCACAUUGGGUCCGACGCGCACAAGCAGGCGAGUGUGCUGCUCGAGCUUUUCGGGGGCGGGGACGGGUAUAGGGUGGAGGAGAAGCAUGGUUGUUUGAUGCUUGGAUGGCAUACGAGGCCACUCUUUGCUACCUCUGCUUGGAGGCUUGCUUCUUAGUUGUUAGUUCUUAGUUUUCAUUUCCAUGGCUUCUUCAUAAAUACCAUCAUUCUUCUUUCUUUUGCUUGCUAGUGCUCCUCUUCAAUGGUUGACGAGAUGAUGCUUUCAUAAUAAUGCUUUGGAUGUGUUUUUGUUC